AUGCCAAUGGCCAACCGGGUGACCGGCACCUGUUGCACAGCAUCGGUGGAACGAGCUGGUCUGCCUGGUCUCCUCAGAGACUUGCAGCGGCUGUCAGAAGACCAAGACUCUGCGGACAUUGUCUUCAUACUCGGUACUUCGGAGGAAAAAGUUUAUGCGCACAGAAUAAUUUUGGUGGCCAGCCUAUUCUACGCAGAUGAAGUCGCGGGCAGCAGC